AUGGCCAUGUUUUCUUCCAAUACCUUCUCCUGUUCCCUUGCGCUGGAAAGGGAGACGCGUCCCGGGGUUUCCGGAUCGAUGCCCGGAGGACAGUCCGGGUGUCCUGGUUCCACAUGGGCGAUUUUCGAUCUUGCUUUUCGGGUUCCGGAACAGAAAUUGAGCAACAGCGGUGUAGAAAAAGCCCUCCAAACGGAUCUUUUGCGUGUCCGUUUUGUGCCAGGCGACACGGAGGCGAGGAUAUCUGUUGCUUUCCUGGCCCAGGUAGCACCGCAAGAUUUCGUACGCGCAAAUUACACGGUACUCAUCGGUAAUCGAGUCGUUAAUGUUACCCUCGGCGGCCAGAGUUGUUGCAUACUUCUCGAGGUUCCGAGCGUCAACAAAAGCGUCGUAAGAGUCCCGCUGAUGGAGGACACACCAGUGUACUUCUUUCUUCUGGUUCGUUCGCCAAAGUCAACCGAUGGCCUGGAUCUGAGUGUCAAGUUUUUGCGGACUCUCGACAAUGAUGCCAUGGUGGCAGGCCAGGUGAAAGUCUACGCCAAAACUGGACAGUUGGAGGGAGGUAACCAGGGCGCUGAUGGGCACAGUGGCGGAGUUGAACUUCUUCACCGCACUGUCCCGUUCGCUGGGAGUGCUUGCUCUGAAUCGACAAGUUGCGAAUACCAAGAGCUUCCAGCAUGA